CGUUUGUCUGUCCAUCCUGCUGGCCCCGCGAUCUCUUCCAUCUGCUCAUCAGAGGCCUCAGGGAGAAGACGCCAUGACCCCCACACUCAGGGCCCUGCUCUGUCUCGGGCUGAGUGUGGGCCUCGGGAACCCCGUGCAAGCAGGGACCCUCCCCAAGCCCACGCUCUGGGCUGAGCCAGCCCCUGUGAUCCCCUGGGGGAGCCCCAUGACCCUCUGGUGUCAGGGAACCCCAGGGGCUGAGGAGUACCAUCUGGAUAAAGAGGGAAGCCCAGCACCAUGGAAAACACAGAAGCCACUGGAACCCGGGGACAAGAUCAAGUUCUCCAUCUCACACAUGAAAGGGGGUGAUGCAGGGAGAUAUCGCUGUUACUAUCACAGCCCGGCUGGCUGGUCAGAGCGCAGUGACCCUCUGGAGCUGGUGGUGACAGGAUUCUUCAGGAAACCCAGCCUCUCAGCCCUGCCCGGCCCUGUCGUGACCUCAGGAGGGAACAUCACCCUCCAGUGUGGCUCAGGGCAGGGAUAUGACAGGUUCCUUCUGACUAAGGAAGGAGAUCACAGGCUCUCCUGGACCCUGGACUCACAGCCACAGCCCAGUGGGCAGUCCCAGGCCCUGUUCCCUGUGGGGCCCUUGACUGUCAGCCACAGAUGGACGUUCAGAUGCUAUGGCUGCUACAGAAACAGGUCCCAGGUGUGGUCACACCCAAGUGACCCUCUGGAGCUGCUGGUCUCAGCCUCCAAACCCCAAGACUACACAGUGGAGAAUCUCAUCCGGAUGGGCGUAGCUGGCUUGGUCCUGGUAGUCCUUGGGGUGCUGCUAUUUCAGGCUCUAAACGACACCAGAAGGACCCAGGAUGCAGCCAGGAUGUGAACACAGAGGCAACAACGCACCAUUCACAGUGGGGGAGCCCUGGAGCCCAUCUGGUGACCCCAGGAGGUGAUGAAAGUAAUGUGAACCAUAAUUGGGGAAGCUGUCUGUUGAGAAUGUCCAGGCGAGAAGACUUGGUAGGUGUGGUUUGGGUGCAGGAAACAUGGGCCAUGUCCCGGUAGAAGAUGCCUCCUCCAUCCACAUGGGGUGUUCUCUCUUUUUUUUUUUUAAUUUCUUUAUUGAUUAAGGUAUCACAUAUUUGUCCUCGUCCCCCCAUUUCCAUCCCA